GUGGCCAGGAGAACAAAUAACGAUCUAAGCGAAAAAAAAAUUCACAACCUACAAUCACAUAUUUUUAGGCCAACGCGAAUCUCUCGAAAUUCUCAGUUACUCUAUUACGAAACGUAAAAAUGCCGAAACGAUCGAUCUAUUUGCAACCAACAGACAAUCUUUAUCGGAGAACUCGACACGAUCUUGAAUUUCUCUGCAAUUAUUGGGACCGAUUGCUCACGUCGAAUCAAAGCUACGAUAUACGUCUCCCAGAAUUGCUGCGCGCUAAUCACUUAAUGAGACAUCUAUCCUCUUUGUCUCUCCCGUCAAAUCAAGGGUUGCGAGUCAAUGUGAGCUUUACCAUUCUCGACGAUGGCAAUCGCUUGGAACCAGAGGAAACCUAUCAACUUGACGCCAGGGGUAACAUAAGACCUCAUUCUACACAAUCUCGUAACGGAUUUCACCGAACAUUGUGCAACAAUAACGCAGCCAGGCAUAACGUUUUACUUAGAAAUUAUAUAAGGCAGAUCAAUGAAAAUUAUGCAGUGAUUGAGAGGGAAUUAAUGAGGGCAAGAAUACUAGCACCUCUCAUCGAACGCGACAGAUUUGCGGGAUGUCCGAGUGCGUUUUAUAAUCAGCGUGCGGCGACGUGUAAUUGGAAUAAAUUUCCUACCGGAAAUCGAACAUGUUCCGAGAGGAUUUCUCCAGAGUUACAAGAGCGCCAUGUCAAUCCACGGGAAAGAAACAAUCGUCAAGCUUGUGCAUUAUCUGGACACGAAUGCUGCAUCGCUGAUAGAAUGAACAUUUACGGUUGCUCGCAAAAUCAACAACCAGCAAGACAGAAAGAAAAUUCGCCCGAAAAGCUUAACAACUCACCGAGAACUGUCAAGGAAUAUUCUCCGCGAACUUCCGCCUUCAACGCGACAGUCCAGAAGCUGCAAUUAAACAAUAAUGCUUUGCAGAACUACGCUGGAACUUCACUGGCUCAAAACAACAACGGAACGAUAAAGAAGCGUAGCUCGAAAGAGUCGAUGGAAGCGUGCCAGGGUGUCAGUGAAAUCAUCAACGACGCGGUGAAGACUUCUGAUUCGGCUGAAUCGAGGCCCGUCAAGCCCGUCGCGAUAAAUAACAGCGAUAAACGAUCGAUCGAUCCGGUCAGCUGUCAGGGAAAUGUCCUGUUGCAAACCGCCGAGUCAGGAGUCGCAACUGAUCAAAACAUAGCUGGACAAGGACGUGGCAAUAAACGUAAACUCGACGUUCUGGAAGAUCGAGCGAUAGCGGUCGAUUUAGAAGCUGGCAGCCAGCAGAAUUGGCCGAGAUUGACCGAAAGGAUCGAACCGCGUGUCAAAGAUACGUUAACGACAUUCACGCCAGACGAGAAGGUUGUUAGGAGUAGACUCAGGAACAGCAGGAUGCCGACGGAAGGAAAACCGUUCUGGAAAAGGCAUGUGUCUACGCCGAAAUACGCGAGUUUUCUGAGAAUGUUUCACAAGGAGGAGACAGAUAAUCAACUUCGCGGUAAUUCUUCGUCUCGAAGGAACGAAAGGGAAAAAUCGCAAUAUCGAAGAAGACUUUCUGCAGAAAGUUCAAACACUGAUCGGGAUAAUCGAGCGAAUCCGCGAAUUGAAAGAAGAACGCCGACCCCGAGGAGCACAGUACACACAACAUACAAUCCUAUAAUUCACUCAUCGGCCACUGAUCCGACUUUAGAUUCUAGCGGUCUCACGAUACAGCUUCUGAGGCUGGCCGUUUUGUUAUACGCUCCCACAUUGAUGCCAGCGUUGAAUUCGUUAAUCGCGCAGCAGAAUCAACAAACGCCCGUGUCAACGUCCUCUGCUUUCAAAGGAUCCAAUGAUCUACUAAUACAAAUCUUUCGUCUACUCAACGAGCAACAAUCCAUUCCCAAUUUGCCGUUCGUAUCGAUCGGAUCCGAGAGAGCUUCCACAGCUUUAACCGUGGAGACAAAUGGCGAAAGUUCGCGGACACUUUCCGUGGAGGAAGAAGAAAAUACCUCGAUCACUUUGGAAAAAUCUGACCCUGUUUCGAAGCAAGGAUCUAUCUCCGCCGGGAAAAGCGGUUGGAAAUCAAACAAUCACGUACAACAACAAAACGGAAAAAACAAAAAAUGGCGAUUGACGUCGUUGUUGACCGAUUUUGGCGUGAGAUUGAACAGGAACAUUUUCACGGCGGAGGACUUCCGGAAAUUUGAGGAAUUUUUAAAAGCCGAGAAGAAGCGUCCGGAAGAAGUCCGGUCUCUGUCCACGAAAAGCAAAAACGAGAUCGUUAUGAAGGAGUACUUCCGGAACUGGCUGCAUCGGUUGCUGCGGCAACUCAACUCGGCGAGCAGUAAUCUGUCUAUGAACGUCGAAGAGAGAGGAUGCCCUGAAGGAUCUUCAAGGACCACAGAAUCUUCUUUAGAAGAGGUAGGACAGCGUAAUAGAGACUGCUUGAUAUCCGACGAAUUGCUGAACUGCUCGAGAGACGACGUUAAUACCUUUUCGGAGCGUGAAGAAGAGGAUUCCGACGAUCAGAAAUCAUUUACUUCCGUUACCAGCACGAACUCCUCGAGAUCGCUGCAGUUUAAGCAGGACGACGCGAUUGUCGCGGAAAAGGAAGAGAAAUUGCCGCGAAAUGAAAAUUCUCAAGAUUAAUAAUAAAUUUCUAAUAAACGCGAGUACCUAUAUAAUGAAAAGAUGGACUAAUAAAAUCGAUAUAGUUUCGCCGACGAAAUGAAAUGACGUUCUGUUUUGCAGCGAUAGAUCGCUCGUAAAAGAACCUCUCGUAAGUCACUCGGAAACUGUCGGACUGUUGUCAAGAUUUGAUGUAAGCUCGAGCCAUGUGGCAGGUAAGCGAGGACGCUUGCGCAAGCUGUCGAACACGUGGUGAACUCCGCAAAGCCGAGCUUUCCCGCGGCGCGUCGCUCGCCGAGAGCUUGCAGUCGCGCGUGUUGUCGCUACCGGGACGCUUCCCCUCAAUCAGCGGACGAGCGUCUCUCUUCCGUAUUUAUCAUCCUUAUAUAUAGGUUCUUGAAGCAACAAACGAUCAAGCGAUUAACACGAGCCAGGCUCGAAAAGAA